UAUCAACGUUUCUAUUGGCGCCAGAAAAACAAUCGGUGCGCUGCUCAUAAAUCUGGAGCCGUUAAGAGCGUGUCUCCCUCUUGUUGGGGAUGUGAUGAAAUUAGAAACCUCACUCCCUAGUUACUUGAAUCCAAAACACCACAGAAUUACCUAUGUAUAUAUUCUAUGGAUUCUUUCACGUUCAAAAUCGAGUCUUACAUCCUUAAUCUAAUCCAUAGAAAACCCAGCCAGUCGUUUCUAAAUAUGGCGAAGAAGAAGAGAAGGUCGGGGCAGAAGGCGCCAGAGGCCGGGAAAGAGGCACAACAAAAUCGAAUGCCAGAUGGAGCUCCUAAGCCAGUCCCAGUGUCAAAGCCCGUUCCAGAGUCAGUACAGGAAUUGCACUCAGAGUCGAAGCUGAGGCCAAAGCCAGAACCAGCGCCAGCACCGGCGCCAGCGCCGGCACCCGUUCUAGAAUCAGUGCCAGAGCUACCGUCGAUCCAAAUAGUACCUGAGCCCGAACCCGAGCCAGACAAGGAAUCGGAACCGGAAUGGGCACGAGACCCUAGCCCGGAACCGGAGCCAGUCCAAGAGAUAAUGCUGGAACCAGAGCGGGAGCCAGAGCUAGAACCAGAACUGGAACCGGAACUAGGACCAGAACCAGAACCGCAGCAAGAACACGAACCAGAAUUAUUGCCAGAUCUGGCACGGGAUUCGACACCUGAUCCAGAGCCGGGAUCAGUUGAGCAAGACUAUGAGCAUCCUGUUUCAUUCCACGAUGCAGAACCGGCCCCGACCACAACUCUCGACGCGAUAGGCGAGUUUAUCAGGAACCAUGACCGAAACGCAGCAGAAGUGGCCGCUAAGACUUGGGCUUAUGAAACGAACGGAAAAGAGAAUCCGGUCCAUUUUUCUGAUACGGAUUUCACGCACAUAUCGGAUGAUGAAGUUGAACGGAAUGCAUCCGUAGGACUGACUGUCGAGAUCAACGCAAGCUCUGCAUUCUCGGUUGAUGAGGGCUAUGAGAACACCAAUAACGAAGGACCGGAGCCGGUCUCGCAUGAAAUCUCGUACUAUGACCAACUGCCUCGCAUCCCUCCUCCAAACGAACCUCUGGGAUCUGAACCGCAAAAUGCGGGCUGGUUUGAUCUCGAUAAAGUUAUUGCGGCAAUCCAGAACGGAUAUUCAGCAGAAGAGCUGCGCGAAUAUCUCGAUUACUACCAUAAGAUCAAUAGUGAUCUAUUGAAAGACAGUCUCAACGAGGAGAUUAUGGGGCUCCCGGCAAUAUUCUUUGUCGUCGAGACUAAUGAUGCGGAGCUUAUUCGCUACUGGGUGAAAUACGGCGGCGAUCCGAACGCCACCUAUGGGCCUCUUCGUUUCCCCGUGCUGGCUUUCGCCAUUUUGCGGUGCGCCCGCCCCCGACAACAAGCGGCUAGAACUGUAGAGACGCUACUUAGGCUCGGCGCGUCGUCCCUUGUCAUUCCUUCGGCAUACUAUGACCCAUUUGACCGGGACCUCCCCGAGUCUGGCCCUGACGAGAGAGAGCUAGAAGAUAUCACCGACGCCGAGAAAGUAUGGUGCUCGCCAGAGAUUCGGCCGCACUUAGCCGCCGCAUUGAGUCUAACACAGCGAUAUCUGCUUUGGAGAGCAUCUAGGUUGGAACCGCCAUCCGGCCGUGAGCGGACAUUGGCUUCACGAAGAGGCGUGGAAGAGAUCCUUGGCCUGGAGCAAACCAUCAUUGGACAACGACUAGCGGCAUGGACUUUGAGGAAGAGCUUCCUAAUAAAUCUCGCCGUACCAGGCAGGAAACCCCUUGUGCUCUUUUUCGCAGGGCUGAAGGGCCAUGGGAAGAGCGACCUGGUGAACCAGCUAGGACGUCUUCUGUCCUUGGACAUCGAAAGAAUCGACUAUACUCACGUCAAGGGGGUGAACGAACUGUUCGGUCUCGAAGCACCGGUUCAAGGUCACGAGCUAGGUUCGCCUUUGAACAACUUCCUCGCUAGGAAAUCGGGGCAAAGAAGUAUCGUGUUCAUUGAGGAGUUCGAGAGAACCAACGAGGAUGUCCGCAAGGUGCUUCUGAGUCCUUUUGACUUAGGUGAAUAUACGGAUCGUCGAAAUGGCCAGAAGAUCGACUGCGCCGACACGAUCUGGAUCCUGUCGACGGACAAGUUCGAUAACACGAUUCGCAACUUCUGCGAAGAGAACAGUAAACUCUUACGGGAUUCUGAUUUGCGAUUAGAGCACUUCGCGCUCAAGAAGCAGCUGUCUCGACAGCUUCGGCAGGAUAGCAUUGCUAGCUUCGGAGCUCGCUUGACCAACCGGGUUACCGAAAUUGUCCCCUUCCUAACGUUCAACCCGGACGAGCAACUCGUGCUAGCCGACAAAUACAUCAUGGAGCUUGAAGAGAGAAUCGCUGGGCCUGUGGUGAACUCAGAAGACCCAGAAGAGGAAAGCCUCAUUGGCAAUGUUCAACUGAAGAUUACCAACAAUGCUACGGUAUGCUCUGCUAUUGCACAGGAGUACUACUUACCCGAACUCGGAGCCAAGAGCAUUUCCCGCGGUGUUGAUUCACUUAUUGCGACACCGCUGAUAGGCCUAUACUUGGAAGAUGGCGACGACUUCAGCGAGGAUCAACCGGAGACUAAAUACAAGGUCGGAACAAACGAGGAGAACGAGGUAGAAGUGUCGCCUCUAUCGGAUACCAUAGGUACCAACGGUUACUUAGGAUUCAAGUAUUCCUGGUAGGUAACGGCAUGAAUUACAUGAACUAUACGAGUUGCAUGAUUUCUAUGAUGUGCCUAAAAGGGGUAUUGGUUAGGGGUUAGGUAUUUAAACGCAUACCGAGGUUAAUGUAUGGUGGUGUAUGAAAAAGGGGAUUGGACUCCAACUAUUUACUGCCGACUAUAUUAAAUAAUGUCUCUUAUGUUUUUUCUUCAUUUCUGUUUCCUGACUUGGAACUUGGGGAUUUAGGAUAUGUACUUGUCACACAAAAAUGCAUAUCCGCGGAUGGUAUUACUUUAUAAUGCACCUUAUGUCAUAUGUAGUAUCGGGUUAUUGUCGGCUUAUAUUGAAGCGAUAUAUAUAUUAGUAAUAUAAUGUAGCUUCCCGCUUUUAGCUUCAUUCACAU